UCAGCUACGCGAAUAACAUCAACAAAAAAAAAAAUGUAUGACACAGUGUUUUGACGUUUUAUUAAUAUCCGUAAUUUUCUAGUAGAAUAAAAUCGAAAAAAAUAUUUUCAUUUCCUCUAUAAAUAAAUAAAUUUAAAAUGAAUCGAUUGUUCGGACGCGCAAAACCCAAAGAACCAGGUCCAAGUCUCAGUGACUGCAUUGCAGGAGUCGACAGCAGAGCAGAAGCGGCUGAAAAAAAAGCUAGAAAUUUAGAUAUCGAAUUAAAAAAAUGUAAAGAACAGAUGGACAAAAUGAGAGAGGGCCCAUCUAAGGCCGCUAUUAGAGCCAAAGCCGUGAGGAUGUUGAAACAGCGUAAAAUGUAUGAAAGCCAGGCCGAUAAUUUGAGGCAACAGUCUUUUAAUAUGGACCAGACUCAUUAUGCCACUCAAACUCUCAAAGAUACUCAGAUCACUGUGGCAGCCAUGAAAGAUGGAGUGAAACAAAUGCAGAAAGAAUUUAAAAACAUAAACAUUGAUCACAUUGAGGAUGUCCAAGAUGAUUUGGCAGACAUGUUAGAGCAAGCUGAUGAAGUCCAGGAAGCUCUAGGCCGUAGCUACGGCACGCCUGAGAUAGAUGAUGACGAACUUGCCGCAGAAUUGGAUGCUCUAGGUGAUGAUCUUGCCCUGGAUACUGAUACUUCUUACUUGGACGAUGCAAUUGCUGCUCCUAGUGCUCCAGACAAAGAACCUGGCACCGCUUCUAUUAAAAACAAGGAUGGAGUCCUGGUUGAUGAAUUCGGAUUACCGCAAAUACCUGCUAGCUAAGUCGAUUUAAAAAAUUAUUCGAAAUAUUAAUUAACUCGAGUCAUUAUUCUAAAAUAAUUGCAAGCUUAAAAUUUUAAAUUUAAAUCAAAGUUAUCUAAUAGAUUUUCAGCUUUUUUAACAUCAAUUAAAAAAAUAUGCAACUGAUUAAUGAAAUAAUUACUAAUUAAUGAUUAUUAAAUAAAAUUUAAAUGUAUCUGCAUCAAAUAAUUAUACGCAAUGUUAAUUAAUUUCAGUAAUCCAAAGUAAAUAUAUA